GGGGUUCUCGCUUCUUUUUAAACCCCCCAGUUCUCUCUUGCGCUUCAUUUAGUCGCACGCGCUGGACAACUCGACUCCAGUGCUCUCUCUCUGUGACAGCUAUUCUUUUCUCCUCGACGCUACUGAGCCGUCCUUCUAGCCUUCAGAUCAACUGCCUAUUAAGAAGAAGCUUCCACAUUUCUCACGCGUCCGCCAAUUAAAAACGGGGACCGACUAGGCUGCUAACAAAAAUCGGAUUAAUCUAUCAUUUUGCUGACAGAACUGCUUGGUUUGACAAGCCCGACCUUCUUAACGAGUAUAUCCGAAUAGACCCCCCCCACACCCUACUCUCGCCUUCUGUUUUUUUCCCCGAGGUUCUUCCAAGUUCUGAACUUUUCACUGCGAGCGCGCGCCUGGCACUGCCCUGCGAAAACUUUUUUUUUGUUGCGUUCCCACGCGUGCGGUAUAUUUCACACACUGGCCUCACGGAUUACGGUAUAAAAAGGGCCAAGGAAACCGAAAACAUGACGAGCAAUAAUACAUACUACGACCAGCAGCAGCAGCCUGAAUACUACCAGGGCACCGAUAACGGGGAAGACCAGGAAGACGAGAUGCCUGCCACCGAAAAGGACCUCGCGGAGGAUGCGCCCUGGAAGAAGAUUCAACAGAACACCUUCACCAGGUGGUGCAACGAACACCUGAAAUGCAUCAACAAGACGAUAAACGAUCUCCAGAAAGACCUGGGCGACGGGCUCAAACUAGUCGGUCUCCUGGAGGUUUUGAGUCAAAAGAAAAUGUACAGAAAAUAUCACACAAGACCCAACUUCAGGCAGAUGAAACUGGAAAAUGUAUCGGUGGCGCUGGAAUUCCUGGACAGAGAACACAUCAAACUGGUCUCCAUAGACAGCAAGGCCAUCGUGGACGGCAACCUGAAGCUGAUCCUUGGCAUGAUCUGGACGCUGAUCCUGCACUACUCCAUCUCCAUGCCCAUGUGGGAGGACGAGGAUGACGAGGACCUGAAGAAGCUGACGCCCAAGCAGCGGCUGCUGGGCUGGAUCCAGAACAAGGUGCCGCAGCUGCCCAUCAACAACUUCAACAAGGACUGGAGGGACGGCAAGGCCCUGGGCGCCCUGGUGGACAACUGCGCCCCCGGUCUGUGCCCCGACUGGGAGACCUGGGACCCCAACCAGCCCGUGGAGAACGCCAGGGAGGCCAUGCAGCAGGCUGACGAUUGGCUGGGGGUGCCUCAGGUGAUUGCUCCGGAGGAGAUUGUAGACCCCAAUGUGGACGACCACUCUGUGAUGACCUACCUGUCCCAGUUCCCCAAGGCCAAACUGAAACCUGGUGCCCCACUGCGCCCAAAAGUACUGCACCCCAACAAGGCCAAAGCUUACGGACCAGGCAUUGAGCCCCACGGCAAUGUCGUGCUGAAGCCGGCCCACUUCACCGUGGAAACCUGGGAGGCGGGGCUGGGCGAGGUCAUCGUGUACGUGGAGGACCCCGAGGGACACACGGAGGAGGCCAAAGUUGUGCCCAACAACGACCCGAAACGGACCUAUUCUGUGACCUACGUGCCAAAAGUGGAGGGCCUUCACAAGGUGAAGGUGCUCUUUGCCGGGCAGGACAUUGACAAGAGUCCCUUCAUGGUCAACAUCUCCAAGGCGAUGGGAGACCCCAACAAGGUGUCAGCGCGCGGGCCAGGCUUGGAACCCGUGGGCAACGUUGCAAACAAGCCCACCUACUUCGACAUCUACACCGCAGGUGCCGGGGCAGGGGACGUUAGCGUGGUCAUCGUCGACCCUCAGGGCAAGAGGGACACGGUGGAGAUCGUUUUGGAAAACAAGGGGGACAGCACUUUCCGCUGCACCUACCGGCCCGUGCUGGAGGGACCCCACACCAUCCACGUCACCUUCGCAGGGCAGCAGAUCCCCAAGAGCCCCUUUACCGUCAACAUCUCAGAAGCCUGCAACCCCAGUGUCUGCAGGGCCACCGGGCGGGGCCUCCAGCCCAAGGGGGUGCGGGUGAAGGAGGUGGCCGACUUCAAGGUCUUCACCAAGGGGGCCGGCAGCGGGGAGCUCAAAGUGACAGUGAAGGGCCCGAAAGGUGGGGAAGAGCCGGUGAAGGUGCGGGAUGUGGGAGACGGCGUGUUCGAGUGUGACUACUACCCGGUCACCCCUGGAAAGUACACCGUCUCCAUCACCUGGGGAGGGCAGGCCAUUCCACGCAGCCCCUUCGAGGUGGAGGUCAGUGCCGAGGCAGGCUUCCAGAAGGUCCGAGCCUGGGGCCCGGGCCUGGUGACCGGAAGGGUGGGGAAGUCAGCUGACUUUGUGGUGGAGGCCAUCGGCACGGAAGUGGGGACCCUUGGGUUCUCCAUCGAGGGCCCGUCCCAGGCCAAGAUCGAGUGCGACGACAAGGACGACGGCUCCUGCGACGUGCGCUACUGGCCCACGGAGCCGGGCGACUACGCCGUGCACGUCAUCUGCGACGACGAGGACAUCAAGGACAGCCCCUUCAUCGCCCACAUCCUGCCCGCGGACAACGACAGCUUCCCUGAGAAGGUGAAAGCCUUUGGCCCUGGCCUGGCGCCCACCGGCUGCAUCGUGAACAAGCCUGCCGAGUUCACCAUCGACGCCCGCGCUGCUGGGAAAGGCCAGCUCAAGAUCUACGCCCAGGAUGCGGAGGGAAUCGCCAUUGACAUCAAGAUCACCGACAAGGGCGACGGCACCUUCGUCUGCAUCUACAUCCCCACCAAGCCCAUCAAGCACACCAUCAUCAUCACCUGGGGCGAGGUCAACGUUCCCAACAGCCCCUUCAGGGUGAGCAUUGGGGAGGGCUGUCACCCAGAGAAGGUGAAGGUGUACGGCCCAGGCGUGGAGAAGACCGGCCUGAAGGCCAGCGAGCCCACCUACUUCACUGUGGACUGCAGCGAGGCCGGGACAGGUGACAUCAGCAUCGGGAUCAAGUGCGCGCCCGGCGUGGUGGGCCCGGCCGAGGCGGACAUCGACUUCGACAUCAUCAAGAACGACAACGACACCUUCACCGUGAAGUACACCCCUCCCGCUGCCGGACGCUACACCAUCAUGGUGCUGUUCGCUGACAAGGAAAUUCCCAGCAGCCCCUUCAAGGUCAAAGUGGACCCGUCUCACGAUGCGGGCAAGGUCAGGGCCGAGGGCCCCGGACUCAACAAGACGGGCGUGGAGGUGGGCAAGCCGACCCACUUCACCAUCUACACCAAGGGCGCCGGCAAGGCCCAGCCCAACGUCCAGUUCAGCAGCGCGGUGAAGGGCGAAGCCGUGCGCGACUUCGAGAUCAUCGACAACCACGACUACUCGUACACUGUGAAAUACACCGCCAUCCAGCAUGGAAACAUGACCAUCUCAGUUUCAUACGGGGGUAACCCGGUUCCUAAGAGCCCCUUCAAUAUCACCGUGGCCUCUGCCCUGGAUCUCAGCAAGGUCAAAGUUCAAGGGCUGAACAACAAGGUGGAGGUGGGGAGGGACCAGGAGUUCUCCAUCGACACGCGUGGGGCCGGGGGCCAGGGCCAGCUGGACGUGAAGAUCACCUCGCCCUCCCGCCGCCCAAUCCCGUGCAAGCUGGAGUCGGACGCGGCCAGCGGGAUCCACUCAGUGAAGUACAUCCCCCCCGAGGAGGGGCAGUACACCGUGGACAUCAGCUACGACGGGAACCCUGUCCCGGGCAGCCCCUUCUCUGUGGAGGGGGUCAUGCCCCCUGACCCCACAAAGGUGCGCGCGUACGGUCCAGGCCUGAAGGGCGGGAUUGUGGGUAAACCCGCGCCCUUCUCCAUCGACACCAAGGGUGCGGGCACGGGCGGGCUGGGCCUGACGGUGGAGGGCCCCUGCGAGGCCAAGAUCGAGUGCCAGGACAACGGCGACGGCUCGUGCUCCGUGUCCUACCUGCCGACGGAGGCCGGCGAGUACGCCAUCAACAUCCUGUUCGCCGAGGCGCACAUCCCCGGCUCGCCCUUCAAGGCCGCCGUCCUGCCCGCCUUCGACCCCAGCAAGGUCACGGCGAGCGGCCCGGGCCUGGAGCGCGGCAAGGUCAACGAGGCCGGCUCCUUCACCGUGGACUGCUCCAAGGCCGGCGAGGCCGAGCUCACCAUCGAGAUCGUGUCCGAGUCCGGGGCCAAGGCCGAGGUGCACAUCCAGAACAACGCCGACGGCACCUACGCCAUCACCUACAUCCCGCCCUACCCCGGCGCCUACACCAUCACCAUCAAGUACGGGGGACACGCCGUGCCCAAGUUCCCCGCCAAGCUGCAGGUGGACCCUGCCGUCGACACCAGCGGGGUCAAGGUGCACGGGCCAGGGGUCGAGCCCAGAGGGGUCCUCCGUGAGGUCACCACGCACUUCAUCGUGGACGCGCGUGCCCUGGCCAAGACCGGCGGCAGCCACGUGAAGAUCAGGAUCGUUAACCCCUCGGGCGCCAACACGGACGCCUACAUCACAGACAAAGGGGACGGGACCUACAGGGUGGAGUACACGGCGUACGAGGACGGUAUGCACCUGAUCGAGGUCCUGUACGACGACGUCGCCGUUCCCAUGAGCCCCUUCAAGGUGUCCGUAACGGAGGGCUGCGACCCCACCCGCGUGCGGGCCUACGGUCCCGGCCUGGAGGGGGGCCUGGUCAACAAGCCCAACUGCUUCACCGUGGAGACCAGGGGUGCUGGUACCGGGGGCUUGGGCCUGGCCAUCGAGGGCAGUUCGGAAGCCAAGAUGUCCUGCAAAGACAACAAGGACGGCAGCUGCAGCGUGGAGUACAUCCCCUUCACCCCUGGGGACUACGAUGUCAACAUCACCUUCGGAGGACAUCCUAUCCCAGGCAGCCCGUUCCGGGUGCCCGUGCGUGACGUGGUGGACCCCAGUAAGGUGAAGUGUUCGGGGCCGGGGCUGGGGAGCGGAGUCAGAGCCCACGUCCCACAGACCUUCACCGUGGACACCAGCAAGGCUGGGCUGGCCCCUCUGGAGGUGCAGCUGCUGGGGCCUACAGGCACGGCUGAGCCAGUCAGCAUCAAGGACAACAGUGACGGCACACACACGGCCAACUACACCCCCGCCAGCGACGGCCCCUACACCGUGUCCGUCAAAUACGCCGACCAGGAGGUGCCCCGCAGCCCGUUUAAGAUCCGGGCGCUGCCCGCUCAUGAUGCCAGUAAGGUGCGUGCCAGUGGGCCCGGGCUCAACGCCGCGGGGGUGCCCGCCAGCCUCCCUGUGGAGUUCACCAUCGACGCCCGCGACGCCGGAGAGGGGCUGCUCACCGUGCAGAUCCUGGACCCAGAGGGGAAGCCAAAGAAGGCCAACAUCAGGGACAAUCACGACGGCACCUACACCGUGUCCUACGUGCCGGACAUGACGGGACGCUACACCAUCACAAUCAAGUACGGGGGCGACGAGAUCCCCUACUCCCCCUACCGAAUCCACGCCCUGCCCACCGGGGACGCCAGCAAGUGCCUGCUCACUGUGUCUAUUGGGGGACACGGAAUGGGCACCGGUCUGGGACCUAGCAUUCAGAUCGGACAGGAGACGCUCAUCACCGUGGACGCAAAGGCUGCUGGGAAGGGAAAGGUCACCUGCAAGGUGUCGACCCCCGACGGGGCGGAGCUCGACGUCGACGUGGUGGAGAAUUCCGACGGCACCUUCGACAUCUACUACACCGCCCCGGAGCCCGGGAAGUACGUCAUCACCAUCCGCUUCGGAGGAGUGAACAUUCCCAAGAGCCCCUUCCACGUGGUGGCCUGUGAAUCCAUUCCUAUAAUCGAGGAACCGUGCGACAGCCAGCAGUUACAACCGCCCUACUCUCCAUACCAGGGCUACCCCCCCCAAUGGGCAACAGAGGAGCCCGUUGUCCCCAUUGACACCAAGGAGCCCAUGCUCCGCCCCUUCCACCUGGUCAUCCCCUUCACUGUGCAGAAGGGAGAGAUCACAGGUGAGGUUCGCAUGCCCUCAGGUAAGAAGGCUCGCCCUCACAUCACAGACAACAGGGACGGAACGGUGACCGUGAAGUACUCCCCCACCGAGAGGGGCCUGCAUGAGAUGGACAUCAAGUAUGAAGGCAACCACAUACCAGGAAGUCCACUGCAGUUCUUCGUGGACGCCCUUCACAGCGGUCAUGUGACAGCCUACGGCCCCGGGCUGACCCACGGCACGGUCAACAGGUCCACCACGUUCACCAUCAUCACCAAGGACGCCGGCGAAGGUGGUCUGUCUCUGGCUGUGGAGGGUCCCUCCAAGGCGGAGAUCACCUGCAAGGACAACAAAGACGGCACCUGCACCGUGUCUUACCUGCCCACCGCCCCGGGCGACUACAACAUCAUCGUCAAGUUCGACGACAAGCACAUCGCUGGCAGCCCCUUCACCGCCAAGAUCACAGGGGACGACUCCAUGAGGACGUCGCAGCUCAACGUCGGCACGGCGACCGACGUCUCGCUGAAGAUCAUGGAGACGGACCUAAGCUCGCUCACGGCCAGCAUCCGAGCACCGUCGGGCAACGAGGAGCCCUGCCUGCUGAAGAGGCUGCCCAACCGCCACAUCGGGAUCUCCUUCACCCCCAAGGAGGUGGGCGAGCACGUGGUGAGCGUUAAAAAGCAGGGGAAGCACGUGACCAACAGCCCCUUCAAGAUCAUGGUGGGCCAGUCGGAGAUCGGGGACGCCAGCCGGGUCAAGGUCUCCGGCAAGGGCCUGGUGGAGGGCCGCACCUUCGAGGUGGCCGAGUUCAUCGUGGACACCAGGAACGCAGGGUACGGAGGUCUGGGACUGUCCAUCGAGGGUCCGAGCAAAGUGGAUAUAAACUGUGGAGAUGUGGAGGACGGGACGUGCAAGGUGACCUACUGCCCCACCGAACCGGGCACCUACGUCAUCAACAUCAAGUUUGCCGAGAAGCACGUCCCAGGAAGUCCGUUCACUGUGAAGGUGACGGGAGAAGGAAGGAUGAAGGAGAGCAUAACCAGGAAGAGGCAGGCGCCCUCCAUCGCCACCGUGGGGAGCACCUGUGACCUCAACCUCAAAAUCCCAGCUUCCUGUUUCAUCACUUCCUCUGUUUUUCCUCUUUCUUUUUUUCUUCCUCCUCCUCCUCCUCCUCCGCCUCCCUCAGGGAACUGGUUCCAGAUGAUGUCGGCCCAGGAGCGUCUGACGCGCAGCUUCACGCGCAGCAGCCACACGUACACGCGCACGGAGCGCACGGAGAUCAGCAAGACGCGCGCCGGCGAGACCAAGCGGGAGGUGCACGUGGAGGAGAGCACGCAGGUCGGCGGCGGCGGGGACCCCUUCCGAAACGUCUUCGGCGACUUCCUGGGCCGGGAGAGCCUGACCACCUUCGGCGGGAUCGCGCCCAGACAAGAGGGUGAGACAGGUACCCAGGAGAUGACGGCCCAGGUGACCAGCCCGGGCGGUAAGACGGCGGACGCGGAGAUCAUCCAGGGCGAGGACAGCACCUACAGCGUCCGCUUCGUGCCGCACGAGAUGGGCCCCCACACCGUCAGCGUCAAGUACAGGGGCCAGCACGUGCCCGGGAGCCCCUUCCAGUUCACCGUGGGGCCCCUGGGAGAGGGCGGGGCCCACAAGGUCCGGGCCGGGGGCACCGGGCUGGACCGGGGCGUGGCCGGAGUUCCAGCGGAGUUCAGCAUCUGGACUCGUGAGGCCGGUGCAGGUGGUCUCUCCAUCGCUGUGGAGGGCCCCAGCAAGGCUGAGAUCUCCUUUGAGGACAGGAAGGACGGCUCCUGUGGGGUGUCCUACAUGGUCCAGGAGCCAGGUGAUUACGAGGUGUCAAUCAAGUUCAAUGACGAGCACAUCCCCGACAGCCCCUUCGUUGUGCCCGUUGCCACGGUAUCGGACGACGCCCGACGACUCGCCGUCACCAGCCUCCAGGAGACAGGCCUGCAGGUGAACCAGGAAGCCUCGUUUGCGGUGCAGCUGAACGGAGCGAGGGGUGUGAUCGACGCCAAGGUGCACACGCCCUCUGGGGUGACGGAGGAGUGCUACAUCACCGAGCUGGACAGCGACAAACCCACGAUCCGCUUCAUCCCGCGGGAGAACGGCGUUCACUCCAUCGACGUCAAGUUCAGCGGCUCCCACAUCCCCGGCAGCCCCUUCAAGAUCCGCGUCGGGGAGCCGGGGCAGGUCGGGGACCCGGGGAUGGUGUCGGCCUUCGGACCUGGACUGGAGGGAGGCACCACAGGCGUGCCCUCGGAGUUCAUCGUGAACACGUGCAACGCGGGAUCCGGGGCCCUGUCCGUCAACAUCGACGGGCCCUCCAAGGUGAAGAUGGACUGCAGCGAGUGUCCCGAGGGGUACAAGGUGACGUACACGCCCAUGGCUCCCGGAAACUACCUCAUCUCCAUCAAGUACGGCGGGCCCCAGCACAUCGUGGGGAGCCCCUUCAAAGCCAAGGUCACAGGCGUCCGUCUCUCGGGAGGUCACAGUCUGCACGAAACCUCGUCCGUUCUCGUGGAAACCGUCACCAAGACGUCCACUAUGGCCGGGGCCUAUGGCGCUCUGCCCAAGUUCUCGUCCGACGCCAGCAAGGUGGUGUCCCGCGGGCCUGGGCUGACCAAGGCCUUUGUGGGCCAGAAGAACCUCUUCACUGUGGACUGCAGCAAAGCAGGCACGAACAUGCUGAUGGUGGGCAUUCAUGGACCCAAGACCCCCUGCGAGGAAGUGUACGUCAAACACAUGGGCAACAGGGUGUACAACGUGACGUACACGGUGCGGGAGAAGGGCGACUACAUCCUCAUCGUCAAGUGGGGAGACGAGAACGUGCCCGGGAGCCCCUUCCGCGUCUCUGUGCCCUAGAACACCCCCCCCCCCCCGCACCCCCCCGCCCCUGCCCUCCCCCAGUCCAAUGAGCCUAUCCCAGAAACGCACCAAAAAAUGCAAAGACUUUUUUCAUGGGGAAAAAAGACAGAAUUUACCAUUCAAGCAUUGUGCCAAAUUUGUAUUAACCUUUGAGCAUGCCCUUUGUGACAUCAUAGCAGCCGCGUUCCAUGCUAAUUAGCUUCACAAGCCAUGCCCUCUUCUUAUAGGCCAGGCAGAGCCAGCUAGGUUUUAUUUUCCUUUUAUGGAAAUCAUUUUUUAAAAAACUGUUUUCCUGAUGUUUGAAUGUAGAAUUUGCAAAACAGAUUCUUUUUAUUUUCAACUUGAAUUGGCCAAAUCUCAUCAGUUUUUUUGUGAGCUAAGGGCACCAGUUUCUUAUCAGCAGCCUGUUUCAGCCAAAGACACGAAAGCACAGUGCCAUUUUGUUUUUUUAUACAAGCACAGGAAAACAUAAGAUACGCAAGAUCAAUAUCUGUCAGUCUAACUACAGUACUGUUGCAAGAAUUUAUUUAUUUUGAGAUUUUCUUUAUGAAAGGAAAUGUGUCUUAUAUUGAUAGAGGAGGCAAUCCAACAAAACGCAUAAUGCGAUUGCCUGUGAGAUGUUAUGAUCCAAAAUCAAAGAAUGUAAUCGGUGACAAGACUUUUGUAUGGAGAAAGAUGUAGUAAUGGUUUGUUAUGUGAAUGUUAAAAUGGAAGUUGAAAUCGUACUGCAGCCAUGAGUGACAUUUUAUAGUGUUUUUUUGUAUGUAUUAAGUGAAAAGAAAAAAAAAAUCUAAUGGUUUGAUAUAUUAACCUACUGUUUGGUAAGACUUUGCAGACCAAAUAAAAAAUUAACUGCUAACUUGCCACAAAAAGCAUAA